AUGCGAGGCAUUACAUUGGCGCUGGCGCCACCAUCUCUUUUAUUUGUCCCGAAAAUUCAGCGGCGGUGCUUCAACGUCAUACAACGUGGUAACGAUCGCGAGGUGGAUUCGCUUUUUGCACUGCUGGGCUUUGCUGGUGACAAUGAGGCGCAUCGCAUACGCCGGACCCGUGCGGAACUGCGGCAGGGGUUUAUGCGUGAAGCAAUGAAGCUGAAAGACCCUCAAAAUGACAAGAGCGACGCAGCCAAACUGGAAAAACUUAGAGAGGCGUAUCAGUUGCUUUCCAAUGAUCGCUUUCGUGUGCAAUACGCUGCGCAUCACUACGCCUCUCCAGAUGCCUCACUUCAUCUUCUUGUGGACGGCGGCCAGGUUGCCGCUAACUUUAACCCUGAACAUCAGUCGUUUAACUUUGUUGAUCACGCCAUCUCAAGAGCCGCUAUGAGCCCCUCUUCCCGGUCAUCGUCGGAUAAACAGCGAUCCUUCAGUGACUUUACUGGUCAGUAUAAUUCAGUGAUAGGUAACACCGGUUGCUCAACCGACGCUCGUCCAUAUAACGCUCCUGAAGCCCGAGCCGCCAUAAAUGGUGCGGGUAUUAAUUUUAUGUUGCGCAUCUCAUUCGAUGAAAGUGUUCUCGGCUGUACCAAGACGGCUGUCUAUGAAAAAAAUGUUUCAUGCCAGCGGUGUAGUGGUAAUGGGCGAAUGGUGCUCAAACGCCCUCGGAAAUGCCCACAGUGUCGUGGUCGCGGCUCCACGCACCUUCCAAGCGCCACGUAUCAUAUUGAGCGCUCAUGCACGUAUUGUAAUGGCGACGGAGUGACACCUCCUCCGAAGUGUAGCGGGUGCCGAGGAGCCGGUGUUGUGCCCGGGCACACGGUUCAGGUUCCAGUUGAUAUCCGCCCCGGAACCACAAAUAUGACAGCGUGUCGCCUUCGUGGUAUGGGACAUGAUGGUGUGCGUGGCGGUGUGGCAGGUGAUCUUAUUGUGACUGUGUUAGUUCAGGAACACCGCGUCUUUCACCGUGAUGGUCUAGACCUACACAUGGUGCUGCCCAUUACUUUAUCUACGGCAUUAUUGGGUGGUAUGGUGUCUGUGCCUCUGCUUCACGGGCCUUUUUGCACACGGGUGCCACCAUGUGUAAGAAAUGGGCAACAAAUAAGGCUUAGUGGAAGGGGUGUUACACUCGACGGUAGCGGAGUCCUCACCAAUGCUGAAGAGGGGAUUGAUACGGACAGUUCAGCUUCUAAACAGGAGCAACAGCAACGUGGUGAUCUCUACAUACAUUUACUUGUCGUUAUUCCUAAGGGUGAGGAAUUAACUGGGGCGCAGAGGAGCGCUCUCGAACAAUUUGUUGUUGAACAGGAUGGCAAUGGUGCUGAAGGUGUGGAUGAUAUCACACCAACUGCCCUGAAGAGGCGGUUUCGGCACUGGCUGCCGGGUACGUAA